UCCUUCCUUCCAUGGAUGUUGAACACAGGAAGGCUAAAAACAACAAAAUAAUAAUAUAAUAUAAUAUAUAGCCUUGGGGGGAUAGGAGAAGUUGAGAGAGGCGUACAGGCGGGAAUCGUCGAUAUAUAUUAUAUGUAUAUAUAUAGUGUUUGUGUUGUUCCUGUACGCCAUUAAUAUCAAUAUUGCGUUUGGAUUGAUUGAUUCAUCCCCAAUAUAUAAUACUAAUCUAAUCUGCAACGAACGCUUGGCUGCCUGCCUGCCUGCCUGCCGCAAGUAUGCAAAGAAGCGGGAGGAGUGGUGGUGUUUUAUUGUUGUUGUUUUAUUCCGCGGUGGUUUUGUUUGAUUCCACCGAAUGUGCGGCGGCGGCGGCGGCGGCAGGUGCCAAUUCUAAACAACACUUGCUUUUGGCAUGCGGGUCUGCGGAGGGUGGGGUUGACGAAGACGCGGGGCGCAAAUGGGAACCCGAUGCCAAAUAUUUGGGAUCCGGUGAUAAAGGAACGGCAGCCACCGCUGAGAUUCAAGACCCCUCGCUUCCUUCCGUGAUCCCGUAUAUGUCCGCUAGAAUUUUUAAGUCACAGGCCUCCUACAAAUUCCCUACCAAAUUCUCCGCCUCCACCAAUCGGACUUUGCUUAGGCUUUAUUUCUACCCAUCCACCUAUCCCGGCGUUGAUAUUUCCAAAUCCUUUUUCGAUGCAUCCGUGGGCUCUGUUACUCUCCUCAAAAACUUCAGUGCCUACCUCACCGCCGAGGCCCUCACUCAGGCCUAUAUCGUGAAGGAAUAUUUUCUAACUUCCUCCCCCAACAUGGAACUCACCUUCAAGCCCUCCUCCGACUCCGACUCCGACUCCUUCGCCUUUGUCAACGCUAUCGAGCUCAUCCCAUCUCCCGAUAUAUUUGGCAUUGGCGACAUUUUCAUGGCUGGGUUUCUGGAUCAGACCCUGUCCGUGGCCGACAAACAACUAGAGACCAUGUACAGGAUCAACGUCGGGGGUCAAUACAUUCUUCCCACCAAUGAUUCCGGCGGCCUAAUGCGUCAGUGGUACGAGGAUAGUCCUUUCCUGUAUGGAGGUAUCGGCGGUGUAACCGGCGGAGGUUUCAGAAAGGUUGACUACGGAGAUAUCCCCACCUACGUUGCACCCGUUGAUAUCUACAAGUCAUACAGGUCCAUGGGUCCCAAUGAAAAUCUCAACGACAAGUAUAACCUCACCUGGACAUUUCGGGUGGAUCUCAAUUACUCCUAUCUUAUGAGGUUCCAUUGGUGCGACACCAUGAUGAACAUCACCAGGCCAAACGAGGUAGUUUUUACCAUGUUCUUAAACAACCGAACAGCAGACGAAAACAUCGAUCCGGUUGCUAUAGCCGGCAAUCGACUUGGGGUCCCCGUGGUAAGAAAUUACUUAGUAAACAUCAAAGACCGGGGCGGUGACGAUGAUGCUAAAUAUCUGCUCUGGGUAGCUCUGCAUCCAGCCACUGAAGCGUCCUUCUACGCGGACGCUUAUCUCAGCGGGAUUGAGAUAUUCAAAAUCUCCGGCUCUGCAAAGAACCUGGCGGCUCCUAAUCCCACAAUGUCAGACAUGAUGAGAAAGUAUCGGCUAGAAGAGGAUCAGCAAGUCCGAUACGCCCCCUCUUCCGCAUUCAACACCACUGCCGUCAUAGGCGGAGCUACGGGAGGAGCAGCCGCUGUUGGUCUCGCCGCGGCCUUGUGCUUGGUUGCGUAUAACAGAAAGAAGAGAGUGCCCGGAGGAGGAGAUUCAACUAGCUGGCUCCCAGUUUAUGGGAAUUCUCGGGGGGCUUCUUCCAGGAGCAAAUCAGGGAGCCACAGCGGGACCACCAUUUCCUCAGACGCCGCAUCUAACUGCAGGUAUUUCUCGCUGGCGGAAAUCAAACAAGCCACCAAGAAUUUUGACGAGUCAAAUGUGAUUGGGGUGGGAGGCUUCGGGAAGGUGUACAAAGGGGUGAUAGACGGGGACGUCAAAGUGGCGAUCAAGAGAUCGAAUCCGUCGUCAGAGCAAGGCGUGCAUGAAUUCCAAACAGAAGUUGAGAUGUUGUCCAAGCUAAGACACCGGCAUCUGGUGUCCUUGAUUGGCUUCUGCGAGGAAGAUAAUGAAAUGGCAUUGGUAUACGACUACAUGGGGCUGGGAACCUUAAGAGAACAUCUCUACAACAAGGGGGGUAGCGAUAAUAAGAGUUUGUGUUGGAAGCAGAGGCUAGAAUUAUGCAUCGGUGCGGCCAGAGGUCUGCAUUACCUUCAUACAGGGGCAAAAUACACCAUCAUUCACCGGGACGUCAAGACCACCAACAUUCUUUUGGACGACAAGUGGGUGGCUAAGGUUUCAGAUUUCGGGCUGUCCAAAACGGGUCCAGAUAUGAACAAAGGCCACGUGAGUACAGUGGUGAAGGGCAGCUUCGGAUACCUGGAUCCUGAGUAUUUCAGAAGGCAACAACUCACAGAAAAAUCAGACGUCUACUCAUUCGGGGUUGUUCUUUUUGAGGUAUUGUGCUCCAGGCCGGCACUCAAUCCAAGUCUUCCCAAGGAGCAGGUUAGUCUUGCGGAUUGGGCGUUGAGUUGCUACAGGAAAGGGACGUUAGAGGAGAUAGUGGACCCUCAGAUCAAACCAGAGAUCAAACCAGAAAGCCUGAAGAAAUUCUCAGAGACGGCGGUGAAAUGCUUGGCAGAUCACGGGACGGACAGGCCUUCCAUGGGAGACGUGCUGUGGAACCUUGAGUUUGCACUUCAACAACAGCAAGACAGCCCACCUGCAAAGCACGGGGAUAAGAGAAGCAAGUCCAAAGCAUCUACUCCCAAUGAAGGAGAAGAAGAGGAAGCGAGCGAGGAGGUAAUUGAUCAGCACAGCCUUAUGGCUAUGCACAGAAAUACGUUGAGCCUUGGGAGCGACGAUGGGUUUGACGGCAAUGCAUUUUCGCAAACAUCAGGGAGGUAAAUUGCAUGUAUUGUCAGCAGAUUUAUUUAUUUAAACUCCCUCCCUCCCUCCGGCCUCCUCCUUCUUCUACUUCAAUUCUAUGACCUGAUGAUGAUGAUAUGUAUGGAGGUACAAAUUGUAUAUACUCCACUGCAUGUAACUACCAGCUACCCGCUUCGAUUACGCUCCUGGAUCGGAUCUUGCUUUUUUGUUUCAACUUGUAUUUGAAAUAGCCAAUAGCGAAUAGCUGCUACGGUGUAUCAAUUCAAUUAUAUAUACAUAUAUGUAUUGUAAUAUGCCCAAUAAUGCCCCCACCGGCCUAUUCAUCCAUCACAUCACAUCAAUACCAUUACCUACUCACUUAAAUUUCGUUUUU